AUGCCGGCCAAGGGACGCUACUUCCUCAAUGAGGGCGAGGAGGGCCCGGACCAAGAUGCGCUAUACGAGAAGUACCGCCUCACCAGCCAGCAUGGGCCGCUGCUGCUCACACUGCUCUUGGUGGCUGUCACUGCCUGCGUUGCCCUCAUUGUCAUCGCCUUCAGCCACGGCGAUCCCUCCAAAGAGCAGGCUGUCCUGGGCACAGCCUUUGUGACACUCAUGGUGUUCGUGGCUCUCUAUGUGCUGGUGUACGUCGAGUGCCUCCUCCGGCCAUGGCUCCGGGCCCUGGCACUGCUCAUCUGGGUCUGCCUUGUGACGCUGGGCUACGUGUUGGUGUUCGACUCAUGGAUGAAGGCGGCCUGUGCGUGGGAGCAGGUGCCCUUCUUCCUGUUCAUCAUCUUCGUGGUGUACACGCUGCUGCCCUUCAGCAUGCAGGGAGCCAUCACGGUGGGGGUGGUCUCCACCGCCUCCCACCUCCUGGUGCUCGGAACUCUGAUGGGGGCCUUUACAACGCCCAGCGUCCGGGUGGGGCUGCAGCUGCUGGCCAAUGCUGUCAUUUUCCUGUGUGGGAACCUCACGGGCGCCUUCCACAAGCACCAGAUGCAGGACGCCUCCCACGACCUCUUCACCUACACCGUGAAGUGCAUCCAGAUCCGUCGGAAGCUGCGCAUCGAGAAGCGCCAGCAGGAGAACCUGCUGCUUUCGGUGCUCCCUGCUCACAUUUCCAUGGGCAUGAAGCUGGCCAUCAUAGAGCGGCUCAAGGAGCGCGGGGACCGCCACUACAUGCCUGACAACAACUUCCACAGCCUCUACGUCAAGCGGCACCAGAAUGUCAGCAUCCUCUACGCUGACAUUGUGGGCUUCACACGGCUGGCCAGCGAUUGCUCCCCCAAGGAGCUGGUGGUGAUGCUGAACGAGCUCUUCGGCAAAUUCGACCAGAUCGCCAAGGCUAACGAGUGCAUGCGGAUCAAGAUCCUGGGCGACUGCUACUACUGUGUGUCGGGCUUGCCUGUGUCCCUGCCCACGCACGCCCGGAACUGUGUGAAGAUGGGGCUGGACAUGUGCGAAGCCAUUAAGCAGGUGCGGGAGGCCACGGGUGUGGACAUAAGCAUGCGUGUGGGCAUACACUCGGGGAAUGUGCUCUGCGGGGUCAUUGGGCUGCGCAAGUGGCAGUACGACGUCUGGUCCCACGACGUGUCCCUGGCCAACAGGAUGGAGGCAGCUGGGGUUCCUGGCCGGGUGCACAUCACGGAGGCGACGCUGAACCACCUGGACAAGGCGUACGAAGUGGAGGACGGGCACGGGCAGCAGCGGGACCCCUACCUGAAGGAGAUGAACAUCCGCACCUACCUGGUCAUUGACCCUAGGAGCCAGCAGCCGCCCCCACCUAGCCAGCACCUCCCCAAGCCCAAGGGGGACGCAGCGCUGAAGAUGCGGGCAUCGGUGCGCAUGACCCGCUACCUUGAGUCCUGGGGCGCCGCGCGGCCCUUUGCGCACCUCAACCACCGCGAGAGCGUGAGCAGUGGCGAGACACCUGUCCCCAAUGGCCGGAGGCCCAAGGCCAUUCCCCUGCGGCGCCACUGGACCCCAGACAGGAGUGCGUCCCCCAAGGGGCGGUCAGAGGAUGACUCGUAUGAUGACGAGAUGCUAUCGGCCAUCGAGGGGCUCAGCUCCACGAGGCCCUGCUGCUCCAAGUCCGACGACUUCUACACCUUCGGGUCCAUCUUCCUGGAGAAGGGCUUUGAGCGAGAGUACCGCCUGGCGCCCAUCCCGCGAGCCCGCUACGACUUUGCCUGUGCCAGCCUCAUCUUCAUCUGCAUCCUGCUCGUGCACGUCCUCCUGAUGCCCAGGACGGUGGCUCUGGGUGUGUCCUUUGGGCUGGUGGCCUGUGUGCUGGGGCUGGUGCUCGGCCUGUGCUUUGCCACUGAGUUCCUGAGGUGCUGCUCCACCUGGGGGAUGCUGCGGACCAUCUCCGAGAGGGUGGAGAUGCAGCCCCUGCUGAGACUGUCCCUGGCGGUCCUGACCAUUGGCAGCCUGCUCACUGUGGCUGUUGUCAACCUGCCACUGACGUGUUUCCCAGCCCUUGAACUGCCUGGUGACAACGAGACGAGCCUGCUGGCUGGAAGCAGCACAGAGAAGACCCUGUGUGAGCUCCUUCCGUAUUACACCUGCAGCUGCGUCCUGGGCUUUGUCGCCUGCUCCGUCUUCCUGCGGAUGAGCUUGGAGCUGAAGGUUGUGCUGUUGACUGUGGCCCUGGUGGCCUACCUGGUGCUCUUCAACUUCUCCCCGUGCUGGCAAUGGGACUGUUGUGGCCUCGGCCUGGGGAACCUCACUGAGACCAAUGGCACUCUCAGCAGUGCCCCCAGCUGUUCCUGGAGUGACCUGAGAACCAUGAUCUAUUUCUAUCUGGUCCUGUUUUACGUCACCCUCCUCAUGCUCUCCAGACAGAUUGACUAUUACUGCCGCCUGGAUUGUUUGUGGAAAAAGAAGUUCAAGAAGGAGCAUGAGGAGUUUGAAACCAUGGAGAAUGUGAACCGCCUCCUUCUGGAGAAUGUCCUGCCAGCCCAUGUGGCCGCCCACUUCAUUGGUGACAAGUUAAAUGAGGACUGGUACCAUCAGUCCUACGACUGCGUCUGUGUCAUGUUUGCAUCCGUGCCGGAUUUCAAAGUGUUCUACACAGAGUGUGAUGUCAACAAAGAAGGGCUCGAGUGCCUGCGCCUGCUGAACGAGAUCAUUGCUGACUUUGACGAGCUUCUGCUAAAGCCCAAGUUCAGUGGAGUGGAAAAGAUCAAGACCAUCGGCAGCACAUACAUGGCAGCUGCAGGGCUCAGUGUCACCCCAGGGCAUGAGAACCAGGACCUGGAGCGGCAGCACGCCCACAUUGGUGUCAUGGUGGAGUUCAGUAUCGCCCUGAUGAGCAAGCUGGACGGCAUCAACAGGCACUCCUUCAACUCCUUCCGCCUCCGAGUCGGCAUAAAUCAUGGGCCUGUGAUAGCUGGAGUGAUUGGGGCACGAAAACCUCAAUAUGACAUCUGGGGAAACACGGUCAAUGUUGCCAGCCGCAUGGAGAGCACUGGAGAACUUGGGAAAAUCCAGGUUACUGAAGAGACCUGUACCAUCCUCCAGGGACUAGGUUAUUCUUGUGAAUGCCGUGGACUGAUUAAUGUCAAAGGCAAAGGUGAACUAAGGACGUACUUUGUCUGUACAGACACUGCCAAGUUUCAAGGGUUGGGGCUGAACUGAGGGCUUCU